UGGAAUAGUGCGCGAGCACGUCGGGACAGAUACGUUUGGGAAUAAAUAUUACGCAAUCCCAGAGCAGAAGACAUGGACAGAUGCGGCUGCACAUCAAAAUGAAACGGCCCGAGUCUGAAGUCCACGUCGAGAGAGGCAGAAUGUCCGUCUCUGUCUUUGAGAAAAGGUCCAGCCAAGAGCGGAGAGAACCGCGCUGUCGGCUGAGGAGCUCCAGCGAUUGUCGUCUGUGGCAACAGGAGAAAGCCACCGGCGAUCUGGCCGCCGGUCUUCAGAAGGUCUUUUGCCUCGGCAGGCCGCUUCGAGCCAGGCGGAUCGUCGAGCCGGCCAAUCCUACAGAAUAUGAGUAUUUAGAGGGCGACAUACCGAUAGAGUGGGACGCUUGGAUCCGAGGCAGACGGAAGGAGCCCCCCUCCGCCAAGGAGAUGCUGAAGAAUGAGACGUUCAGGGUGAACAUCAAGCUGAAGGCCAAGGAGGUGGAGGAGAAGGACCUGGCCCUACAAGCUAAGGAGCGCGAGGACGGUCUGGUGGCGACUUCGGCAAAGACCGCGGCGAAGGGCCACGCCUCCGCCGCCAGCUUCGGCAAGCAGGAGGUCAGCGAAGAUCCCACGAGCACCGCCAACGCCUUCGAGCCCGGCUCCUGGAGGCCCAAGAAGUAGACGGAGACAUCCACGUACAUUUCAUACAAUCCAAUCAUAAAAAAAUCCUGCAAUAAUAAAUACUUCCCGUAUGAAACUGGAAUUCACUUUUGGUUGAGACGCUAUAACUUCUGAAAAGACCGGUUGUAUCAACUCUUCUCUGUUUCACGCAGGAAGUAUUUAUUUCAAGUUUUAUUGGGCUGUACUACACAGUCCCGCUAUAUUGUAGACACACACGAGACAUAAAGCGUCGCUCAUCUUGAAUCCGACCACAACUGAAAUGGUUGUUCCCGUAGUCGGAGUUUACCAACUGCUGGAUCGUGUUUAAGGGAUGUUGUACAUUUUUUUAAUAAAUUGUGACUAUUUUCAUUAAAUUGCUAUUUACUCCGUACCAGUAAAAUAAAAGAGGAACGUAUAUCAAGUAUUCGGCGAUGACCAGACACAUCGUGCAGUUUCCUUACAUAUCCCUGUGAGCGACAUUUGGCAUUGUAAAGAUGAAAAGCAUUUCUUACAGAGGGAGCACGUGGAAAAGUAUGGAGGACUUAAGUAUAAAUAAAUAAAUGCAUGAAUAAAUAAAUGUUUAGAUAAAUACAGGAAUAAAUAAAGCUAAUUUGCAUACAAGGACACAUAAAUAAAUGAAUAAGUGUGGACACAGAUAAAUAAAUGAAGAAAUACAGAAAUGUAGAAAUAUAUUUAUUUAAUGAUGUCCUGUUCAGUUAUAACUUAUAUAUAUUCAUUCCUGUAUUUAUUUAUACAUUUAUUCUUGUAUUUAUUUAUGUAUACAUUUAUUUAAGCAUUUAUUUAUUUAUGCCUGUAUUUAUUUACUUAUACAUUUAUUUAUUUAUUCUUGUAUUUAUUCAUGCAUUUAUUUAUUUAUACUGAAGUUAUUUUAAGUCCUCCAUAGAAACUCCUGUGGGAACAACAUUGAUAAGAGCGCGGUUGACUCUAAAAUCAUCUGAGGCCAUGAAACCGCGCUUCAAUUAAAUACGGUGUUCAUGUUUCUGUUCGUCAUGGAGGUGGCGUUGUUGCAGCAUAUUGAUCCCCACUGAAGAAAGUUCAGCAGGGCUAAGAAAGUAAAUAAAAUCAGCAUAAACUAGGUGAUGUUUUUGAUAACAAAUAUCACCAAAUUGAAAAGGCAUCCAAAUUAGAUGUAUAUAAAAAUAUAUAUAUACAAAAGAAUUGCCUGAAUAACAAUAAAAUCUGCCUAAAACCA